GAGAUAAUUUAUGAAACUCCUUCCUAUUCUCGAACCAGACCUAUUUUCUGUUGACGGAAGAUCGCGGUUAUUUUUAAAAAUAUGAAACCCCAACACUAUAUUGGAUAUACUUAACAAUUAAAGCAAUCAUGAGUGAACGUUUAUCAAACCGUUCUGCAAAAUCCUCACGGUUUUCAAAACGGAUGGUUGCUAAAAGAGAAUUUAAGUUUACUUCUCCUACUAAGAAAACAUCUCCGAAUAAGAGAAAAGCACAAAAUGUUGACCCAAAAGCAGAGAACUCUGCACAGAAAUCUAAUGAGAAUGUUUUUGACUUACCACCUCCAAUUUGGGCUUCUAGCCCAAGAGACACGCCUUACGGUAAAUCUAAAUCAAAAGUGCAGAAAAAAUACCUGGAGAUUUCUUGCAUUGAGCCUGUGUCAGUAAGAACAGCAAAGAAUUUAAAACGCAUUGAAGAAUCACAUUUUGCACCAAUAGCUACACCAAAGCAAAACAUUACCAAAAGCAGUGCAAAAAUAAAAAGACCAUUGCUGACAAAAUGGAAACAAAAUAAAACCACCUCUAUUGCUAGUAUUCAUCAUUUACAAAAUUCUGGGAAGGAAGUUAUCAAAAAUAAAAAUAGAUCUAAGAAUAGAAUUGCAAAGUCAUAUCAAGAGACUAACAUCAGUCAUCACAGUAAUAAAUCACUCCACAAAGAGAAUAAGUCAAAGCAAUUGUCUAAAAAAGAGAAAUUAAAAGUCUCGGAUCAAACACUCACAGCUUCAAAAAGUCAGCAGGCAAAGAUUCAAUCAACAAGUUCUAGAAAUACUCGCAGGUCCCCUUCAGUUCUUUCUGAACAAACUUCCGUACGAGAUACUGUAAGUGAGAAAGGCAGUGUUAAAAGAAAAUUACAAAAAUCGAGAAGUUCUGAAGAUUACUUAUCUAAUCCUCCCAAAUCCAGUAAAUUACAGACAAAUAGAGAACAAUCUGUAGAAGCUGCAUAUUCCCAAUCUUCUAGUAAUUACUCUAGAAGCACUAACAAAACAAAAUCCAGUAAAGCUAAUAGCAAAAGACAGAAAAGUAAUAUUACUCCAUCUCGUAAUAAUUCGGGUGCUAAACCCAAACAACAAUCUGGUUCGAGGCUUGGUCAAAGAAGUCAUAGCCUACCAAAAGAUGAUUCGUCUUCACCAAAUGUUACUCGUACUAAACAAUCUCCAAGUAAAAAGAAAAUUUCAUCUAGAGACUCUGAACACUCAACUGAUCAGAAGAAAGUUAAUGUUUCUAAAGGACAAAAUGUUUCUGUUAGUCAUGUUUCAAGAGAGUCUGCAAGUAAAAGCUCAAAGAAAAAUUUAUCACGCAAAUCAUCCCUUACAGUAUUUAAUUUGAGUAGUGACGAAGAAGUGGAGAAGAUAGUCAAGAAAAAAAACAUUUCUAAUAUCCAAGGAAAGAAGCCUAAGAGAAGAUCUACAGAAAGCUCUGCAUCUGGCAAGAAAAAAUCUAAUUCUAAAAAUAAGAUUUCUUCUAGUUCCCCGAAGAAGUCUAAUCAAUCAAAAGAUCAUUCCAGUAGUAAACUGAAUCCUGGGAAAUAUGCUAAUAUUUUGUCAUAUCUUAGUACUCAAAAUAAACAGCAGACAUCAAAUAGAACUGAUAAAACAUUUGAAUCUAUUGCUGCUGGUACCUCGCAUGGACUACAUGAACAAAAGGAUAAGAAAGAUGCAGAAAAACAAUUUAGUUAUAGUAUUUCUGAAUUAUCAUCUCUUCAUAUUAGCCAUAUUACUAGUUCCUCUGAAAAUGAGGAUGACUCAAAACUGAAUGAGGUUAAUAAGUGUUUGGAGUAUAUAAUGUUUCCUGGGGAGAGUGAUAACAAUAUCUCGCUUAAUAAUCCUAAACCAAUUAAACUGAAUGUACUUAAAAAUAAUAACUCCACGAAACGCACUGCCAAAAGUCUGUCAGAACUUGAUGUUAUAUUAGAUGUUGUGGAUCACUCCAUUGAAAUGGUGUUGGGACAAAUCACUGAUGUCGAUAAGAAGUUGGUAGUUUCAAGAAUGAGAAAUUUUGUGAAAGAGAAGAUUUCCACUGAUAUAAAAAGGCAACUUCAGUUUAUUCAGCUUCAGAACAUUUUAUAUCAAAAGUCUCUUCAAAUACAAAGACAACAGGAGAAAUAUUUUCAACUUAAAGUAGCUAACAACAGACUCAACAGUGAACUGAAUGAGGCAACCAAAACCCAAGUAGAAGAUCCAGCUGAGAUGUUCACUGAAUUUUGUAAAAAAUUUUCUGAAUUUAAAAAGUCAUCAAAUCAAAUGGAAUGAAACAUUUCUAUGUGAAUACAUAUUCUUCAUUCCAUGAAAUCACUGACAUAUAUAUCACACACAUUCUCUGUCUCUGUCUCUCUCUUGUAAGUAAUUCACCAUGGAGUCUUUCAACAGUGUAAAGGUCAAUUUAUUUUCCUAGUUCAUUGAUUAACAAAAAGACUUAAGAAAAUUUCAGUCAUUUUCUUGACACUGUUUCUUAAGUUCACUCAUUUCAUUAAUGCAUUAUGUAUUGGGUCAUUCCAUAAAGAAUGCGAUUUUUUUAAUACUUCUUUUAAUUUUUCAAAAUUAAAAUAAACAAAGUUCUUUUUUAAUCUAAAUAUCCUCUCUUUCAUCUUCUACAAUGCUCUU